AGAGGAGGGAGGGAGGCGAUCCAACGCACAAGCAAACAUUCGUGCAGGCCCUCCUCUCUUCUCCUCUCCGCGCAGCUUGCAAAGUCCUGGAAACUUGCAUGACCACUUUACGGAUAAAAAAGCAACAUGGCAGACGUCGUGCUCCAAACCAAGGGGGGAAGCGGCGGGAUUGUGAUUGACGAUGACUGGCCAGGUUACAGUUUAGACCUUUUCAGCUAUCCAGCACACUACGCCGGGGAUCUCCAAUGUGUCGUCGUCCCUCAUGGAGUCAUCAUGGACAGAACUGAACGUCUGGCUCGGGACAUCAUGGAUGACUUGGGCGACCAUGACAUUGUGGUGCUCUGCGUGCUUAAAGGUGGCUACCAGUUCUGCGCCGACCUGGUGGAUAAAAUCAAGGCGCUAAGCUGCAACUCGGACCGCACCAUUCCCAUGAGAGUCCAUUUCAUCCGUCUCAAGAGCUACCUGAAUGAUCAGUCCACAGAAGACCUUCACAUACUUGGAGCAGAGGACUUGUCCUUUUUAGCCGGAAAGAACGUACUGAUUGUGGAGGGCAUUAUCGGCACCGGCAAGACCCUGAAGGCUCUCCUGAAGCACGUGGAGGCCUUCCAGCCCAAAAUGAUCAAAGUCGCCGGAUUGCUGGUGAAGAGGGUGCCUCGAAACACCACGAGCCUCCCCGACUAUGUCGGCUUUGAGAUUCCUAAUCGCUUCGUGGUCGGAUAUGCUUUGGACUACAAUGAGUAUUUUCGAGACCUCAAUCAUAUCUGUGUGAUUAGCGACAGUGGCAAGAUGAAGUACAAAAUAUGAGGGAAGGAAGACUCAAAUGUCAUCUCACACUUUUAAGCUACUACAGCUGCUACGGAGAAGUUUGUUGUCCUCCGACAUUCCUUCCGUCAAAUGACCUUCCAACUCAUCAUUUUGUAUAUUAAAAACUACGUUCUGAUAGGAAAUCAUGUUUUUUGAGGAAAGUUCAAAGAAAAGGCUCAACUCUGAACUUUAAAGUAUGCUGGAGGGCAAAAAUGUUUUCAUCCAAUAUUUUGUUGUAAUUCAGAUUUAUAAGCUUUGGAAGUGAAAUGCUCAUGCUCCUCUUUUUCUUGGGCGUUUUAAUUUGUAAUGUGAAGUGAGGGACUUGGAAGAACCCAGCUGAACGUGAGUGAUAAAGGAAAUGAGCCUCCCCAAAUGUGAAACAGAAACACAUUUUUAAGUGGGAAAUGUAGCAUUUUCUAACAACUCAUCUCAUUAUCUUGGAAAGUUUAAUGAAUAAUUUUGACAGUUGCUUUUUAGACACACUGACCACUCUUUUUUUUUUAGUGCUAUGUUAAUCUUGAAUUUUCUUAAUACUUGAUCAACCUAUCUGAGCAGUUGUGUGUUUUAUAUCAAAACACGAAAAGACUACCCGUCAAGUGAUUGUAAAUGAGUCUUUUAUGUAUUAAAACACCUUGAGUUGA